AUGGCCUGUGGUCUCCUGUGGCAGCUGCGCCCCAGCGAAUGGGAAGGGUUUGGGGUGGAGGUGGAGCUGCUGGCGCACACGCGGGAUGUGGUCAGCCGGGAGCUGCCGGCCGAGACCGGGCUGCACACGGGCUGGGUGGAGAACGGCGGGCUCUUCAUCGCCUCCAACAAGCAGCGCCUGGAUGAGUACAAGAGGCUCAUGUCGCUGGGGAAGGUGUAUGGUGUGGAGUCCCACGUGCUGACCCCGUCACAGACCAAGGACCUGUACCCUCUGAUGAACAUUGAUGACCUGUAUGGCACCCUGUACGUCCCCAAGGAUGGCACCAUGGACCCUGCUGGCACCUGCUCCACUCUUGCCAGAGCAGCAGCUGCCAGAGGCGCUACGAUCAUCGAGAACUGCCCUGUCACAGGCAUCCAGGUGAGAACUGAUGAUUUUGGGGUGAAGAGGGUGCAUGCAGUGGAGACAGCCCACGGGACCAUCCAGACUCCCUGCGUGGUGAACUGUGCAGGAGUGUGGGCACGGGCCCUGGGCCGGCUGGCGGGCGUGCACGUGCCGCUGGUGGCCAUGCACCACGCCUACGUGGUGACCGAGCGCAUCGAGGGCAUCCAGAACAUGCCCAACGUUCGCGAUCACGACGCCUCGGUCUAUCUCCGUCUCCAAGGCGAUGCCCUUUCCGUGGGUGGAUAUGAGUCAAACCCCAUCUUCUGGGAGGAGGUGUCUGAAAAAUUUGCUUUUGGCCUCUUUGACCUGGACUGGGAUGUUUUCAUGCAGCACAUUGAAGGUGCUGUCAACAGAGUGCCAGUUCUGGAGAAAACAGGAAUUAAAUCCACAGUCUGUGGGCCAGAGUCAUUCACAGCUGACCACAAACCUCUCAUGGGAGAAGCUCCAGAAGUCCGAGGGUUCUUCCUUGGCUGUGGCUUCAACAGCGCCGGGAUGAUGCUGGGAGGUGGCUGUGGCAGGGAAUUGGCUCACUGGAUCAUCCACGGCCGGCCGGAGAAGGACAUGUACGGCUACGACAUCAGGAGGUUUCACCACUCCCUGACCGACAACAACCGCUGGAUCCGGGAGCGCAGCCACGAGUCCUACGCCAAGAACUAUUCCGUGGUCUUCCCCCACGAUGAGCCCCUGGCAGGACGGAACGUGAGGAAGGACCCCCUGCACGAGGAGCUGCUGCGCCAGGGCUGUGUUUUCCAGGAGAGGCACGGCUGGGAGAGACCUGGCUGGUUCAGCCCUGGGGGAGCAGCCCCGGUCCUGGAUUACGAUUACUACGGCGCCUACGGCCGCCAGCGCCACAGGGACUACACCUACAACCGCCUGCUGGGGGACGAGUACACCUUCGACUUCCCCCCUCACCACGACAUUAUCAAGAAUGAAUGUUUAACAUGCAGGAACGCCCUGGCUCUCUUUGACAUGUCUUAUUUUGGGAAAUUCUACCUGGUUGGACCCGAAGCUACCAAAGCAGCCGACUGGCUGUUCAGUGCUGAUGUGAGCAAAGCUCCAGGCUCCACCGUGUACACCUGCAUGCUGAACCAGCAGGGAGGCGUGGAGAGCGACCUGACCGUCAGCAGGAUCAGCCCCGGGGCGCCGGGCUCCCCCCUGGCCCCUGCUUUUGAAGGGGAUGGCUAUUACCUGGCUAUUGGUGGGGCUGUGGCUCAGCACAACUGGUCCCACAUCACCACCGUGCUGCAGGACAUGAAAUUCCAGUGCAAACUCCUCGACUGCUCGGAGGAGCUGGGCAUGAUGAGCAUCCAGGGCCCUCUGAGCCGUGUUGUCCUCCAAGAAGUGCUCGACACCGACCUCAGCAACGAGGCCUUCCCCUUCUCCACACACAAAAUCACCACAGCUGCAGGCUGCCAGGUCCGUGCCAUGAGGCUGUCGUUCGUGGGCGAGAUGGGCUGGGAGCUGCACGUGCCCAGGGCUGACUGUGUGAAGGUUUAUCGGGCGGUGAUGGAGGCAGGAGCCCGGCACGGCAUCGCCAACGCCGGCUACAGAGCCAUCGACAGCCUCAGCAUCGAGAAAGGGUACAGGCACUGGCACGCUGACCUGCGCCCCGACGACACCCCGCUAGAAGCAGGACUGGCCUUCACCUGCAAGCUCAAGUCCAGCAUCCCCUUCCUGGGCCGGGAGGCUGUGGAGGCUCAGAAAGCCAAGGGCAUCUUCCGCCGCCUGGUGUGCUUCACCACAGACGAGAAGGUGCCCAUGUUCGGCCUGGAGGCGGUCUGGAGGGACGGCAAGGUGGUCGGCCACAUCCGGCGGGCAGAUUUUGGGUUUGCCAUCGACAAAACCAUCGCCUACGGCUACAUCCGUGACCCUGCGGGGGGCCCGGUUUCCCUGGAUUUUGUGAAGAGUGGCAGCUACGAGCUGGAGAGGAUGGGAGUGACCUUCCCUGCCCAGGCUCACACCAAGUCCCCGUUCGACCCCGACAACAAACGUGUGAAAGGCUUUUACUGAGAGGGCAGGGGAGCUGCUGGCUGAAUCCCAGCCCCCAGGAGCCCCAGCUGGCUCUGGGGUCAGCUGCAAGAGCCAGGCACCAGCCUGGAACUCCUCGAGUCAAUGUGGGUCAAAUUAGAGGGGAGAAGACGAAGAGAUUCCAAAAAGUCCAAAGACUCUAAAGCUGUUUCCCAAGCAAAGCGGUGCCACUGCAGCAAUAAUUCUUUUCCAUGGGUUAAUUGGCCUGCAGACACUUUGGUCUCACCGCACAUGAAGUGGUUUCAGUUCUUGACUUUGCUGGAAACUCUUUUCCCCCAAAUGUA